GGUGAGAACCGAUGCCGAGCGAGUGGAGUGGACAAGCCCAUGAGUUAUUGAGUGCGACGGCGCCGCUGAAUUUGGCAGCGUUCGCUGCCCGUAAAAGGAAAAGGUACGCCCCCUAGCUCUAGGCCAACGGCGGCCGUAGAAGAGAGCAAAUGAAAUGGCCUGCCCCUGCCCGCCUAUCCACCGGACCAGAUCGGCUGCCGCGGCGGCGACGAGACGACGGCGACACGCGCGCUCACAUGGAUUCCUGCCUAGGCAGGGGCCCUCCCAUUCUCAACUCGGAGAUGAAAAUGGAGAAUAUAUCGGGCCGCAGCUGUCUUCUCCUACCUAGUUCGUCCGUUUCACCAAUAGUGCCGUCUAGCUGUUCGAUGUUAUUCCUCCCUGGCCCGGCUUUUCCGCUUUCCAGCCCACGGAUGGGAUGCCCGCGAGGUACGUUCAUCCUGCGAGCUUGUCAUUGUCGAUCACCAUCACAGCACACUCUGGUUUCUCAGCUGCUGAGGCAGGCAUGCAUCAACUUUUCGCCGGUGCCAAUACGUGCACCGUUCGUCUGCACUGGCAUGUUACACCAUGCCAUCGUCCGAGUGUUUCCACAAAGAAAAGAAGGGGAAACGGAAGAAGAUUGUUAUGCUUGGGUCGGUUCCCAUAUUCCGUAAGAUUUCAGCUAGUGCGCUGCUGGUUCAGAAUUCAGAUUAACAGCAAAUGGCCGCGGAAAGAAACACAAGAAAUUCCCACGGAAUCUCGUGCUGCAUAUCAUGUUGCCUACUUUUCAUUUUUUUUGCAAAUAGCCUCACAUUGCAACAUGGUAUGAAGUUGUAGCAUAUCAUGUCGAAACCUUUUUCUUUUUAGAGAGAGAAGCCAUACCAGAAACUCAAGAGAUAAAAUUCCGUCCCCCUUUGCUUUCGAAUAUGUCAGGUAAUGGAGCUGUGCACACACGCACAGCACAGUUUCUUCCGUGUUAAGAAAAGCACACGAUAUGUUUAUUAUUUCAUACAUAUAUCAUCAUCAUAUUCUGUCUGGUCCCUUUUGCCAAUCCAGUGCACCCAGACAAACAAUUUGCUGCAACAAGAAAUGAAGCUUGUAAUGGCAGCUUUCUGUCUGUAGAUUAAACUCAUGGAAUGCUGACAAUGUGUGGCGGCAAAAGAGAACAUAGAGUGGCUGCAGCCAUGGACAGAAUAAAAUCCCCUUUUUUUUUGAAACUUUGUUACACGUACUCACGUGAAAGCUUGAUUUAAAGUUAAAAGUAUUAUAUUUGUAGCUUUUGAUCUCAUAUUCUAUUUUUACUUCAUAUGCAAGUACAUUUGUCAAACAAUGACUUAUGUUCCAGAUUAUUCAAGAUUCGCCAUAGGACAAGUUCUGCAUCAAAGUGUAAACACUGAUUCACUAGUACGAAUUUAUAGAAAAUAAUAAAACCACAAAAUUAAGUAGUAAAAGACAGUACAGAACGGGUUGCUAAAGAAUUUCAGGCGAGAUCGUGGCGAUUGCAACCCACUGGAGGCUUUGGAGUAUUUAGAUGGCAUUAUUCUUUACUGGGAAAUUGGUGGCCUCAGAUGUCUCUUUAUUUUUGCAUUAUUCCUUGUUGCAAUUUGGUCGCUGACUUCUGUUAAUUAGUACUUGAUGUGGACUCGAUUCAAACAGUAAUUCAUUGUUCUUUACCUUGUUUAAUUCAGUGGGAGGUGAUCAGUUAGGGGACCGUACCUAACGACAUUCGCUGCUCGUGGGAAUGUAAUUCAGAAUUCAGAAAUAUCCCCUGCGAGAAAUAUUCCAUGUAAGAAAUACACUGUGCUGCAGCAUGAGUAUGUAGUGUGUUGUUAUUUAUUUCAGACACACAUAAACAGAUAAAUAUCAUAUGUAGUACUGUGCAAGAAGUGUUGCGAAAAAUCAUGGGUUCUAGACAGUCGUAGGGAUGAAAUAAUUUACAUCCUCCUGUUUACUUUGGCAUCAGAAGCUUUACUUGAAACCAGCACGGCUCUGAAUCUUAUCAAGAUGUGUCAUAUGUGAAACGGUGAUGUUUACUAAGAAAGCUAUCAUGUCAUAAAAAAACCAUAUGUACAUCUACUAGGUUUGUAGUCACACCGGAUGUUCCACACAACUGAAAAAACAAAUUGUUUCCUGUUCCUAGUAGCCGACAAAAUGUGUAAACUUUUGGGUAAAGACAACUGUCGACAUUUCACUUGUGCAGCCUAGUUUUCAGAAUAUAUUCUUUCAACAGAACUUUGUGGAUGCUUCACGUUUUCGAAGGAUGAGUGUAUGAAAUUAGAAGAAAUAUGUGCUAAAUAAGGAAUAUGCAGUAUCCAAGGCCUAUGACACAGCACAAUCAUGGAAAGAUUAGGUAGUUCAUAACCAUGUAUCUAUAAUAGAACUUCACAGCCCUUCCGCCGCUCCUAUUCUCCUGGGCAAGGUAGGGACAGAAUUCACAUUUAGCCCACAUAUUUUAGCCUGAGCUGUCCCCCCAUAUAGUUAACCUUAGUGGAUAGGAAAAUGCAGAGCUAGUGCAUAUGAUUCCUUCUGUAUGUAGUGCACUGACACAAGAAGCAAAAUUAGGUGAAAAUCCUCUGCAUUAUUCUGCUAUCACAAACCCUUGGCGGUUAGUUUAGAUUUGACUUAGGGCUUUGUUUAAUCCCUUAUAAAUUUUGAUCGUCGAGAGGGGAUCAAAGCCUACCACUAUUCUGAAUUCUGAAAGCUACCCUGCGCCAUUUGUAAAAGUGGCAUCCCUUUCUUGCUAGCAGAACCCGACAAUAGCAGAGUUUGUUAUGAAAAGCUGACCUCAAAGGGGGGGAAAUGAUGCUGCCGAGGAAUAUUCCAGGCAUUCGGUAGUGUAAAUGUGAUGCGAUUUUAUAACGGAGAUGUAAUUACCACGGAGGAAAAGCAGCAAAAGUUCAAAAAUUCUUCGACACGGAUUCUUGUAGUUCCUCUCAAUGCACAAUUUUACAGGUACCUGUUACUGUCAGUUAUAUCAGUGACCUGUACUACAUGCUUGUGUUGAGCUGUUCUUUUUGCUGUACUGCAGAAUCAAUACCUUCAUGGACAAUACCUUCACUGUCCAUACCUCAAAAAUAUUUCUGGAAUCUUCCUUGCUGCAGUCUGCAGAAUUCUACACUGUAUCUGCCAAGCAAAUGAGGCAGUACCACUUGCCAUAUCUGAACCUCUUGAGCUUCAGUUCCGCGUCUAAUUGCGCCUUAAUUUUUAACUGAAAAUAAUGAUAAUUCAUGUGCCACCGUGCAUUUACAAUAGUAGGAAAAAGCCCGCUGCAAAAAAAGCUGCUGUGUGUUUCAUUUUUGUGCUAAAUUUAGUAUUUUCUCCAGAAGCCUCUUUAUGCUUAUCGCCUGUCAUUAUGAUCUCUAGAGUUUCAGUUCCAUGCUGAAUGGCGCCUGAAAUUCUAGUGAAAAUACUUUAUUUUCAGAGUUUCGGUCCAGUGCUGAACUGCGUUUUGAAUUCUACUCUGCAUACUUUAUUUCUUGAGUUUCAGUCCAGUGUCAAACUGCGCUUUAAACUGAAAAUACUGACAUUUACUCUGUGACUGUUUUUUCUUCCGGUACAGUGUCAAAUCGCACCUUAGAUUCUACUAAAAAGGCUGACUUUUUAGUUUCAGUUCCUUGUACUGGAAAUACUGAUAUAUUUUUAACUCAGCUUUAAACACUAGUGAAAAUACCAAUAGUUGUCUGAUAAAAAAAAGAAGAAAAUACCAAUAGUUUCCGUGUCGCCGUGCAAUAAUAAUAGUACCAAUAGUUGCGUUGGUGCUUUUGAUCGCAGUUUAUAAUGAUAAUGCAAGAAACGACUAGCCUGUCGUGCAAGAAUAGGUGCCAAAUGUUUAGCCUUUUUCCUCCUUUUUAGCACUGAGAGUGCGAGACAUUAAUCGCCUUUAGUUUACGUGUAUUUUCUUGGGGGAAAGAAAAGAAAGAAGUGUUUUAUGCUUAUUCCUUGUUAUUUGCACUGAUGUUAUACAUAUAUAAUCUCUGGAGUUGUGAUGCCAAACCAGUGGACAUUACAACGCCUUGUCAAGAUAAAAAAAAUUGGUUAGGAAUUGGCAAAAAGGGUCCUAAGUAAUGUUUCUAUAUAUACCUGGGUUCCCUCUCCACUGCCAAGAAAAGGACGCAUAUAUUCUGCUGUAACCUUGGCCAGAGGGAUUACUAUUACGUACGCCCCAUGUUUGUAUUUUGGAGCGGUAGAAAAACUGCAACAGGAAGUUAGGGCUCCUUUGAUUCAAAGGAUUUCCAUAGGAACUUUGGAGGAUUAGAAUCAUUAUGAAUUUUUUUUUAUGUUGGUUGUUUGAUUCAUAGGAUUGAAGAAACUUUUUUCAUACUUCCCAAGAUUUCUAGCAUCCACUCCAACCUCUUUGAAAAAAAUCGUUUGUUUUUCGUAUGAUGCAAUCAAACAGCUUAAAAUCCUGUAGGACUAAGAUGAACAUGACAUUCCAAUCCACAGUCCCGCGUUUUUAGAAUCUGCGAAUGGAAGAACGAUUUCAUUUGGGUGGCUGUGGAGCCGAGCGCCCUGCGUUGUGCGGUGCGGUGGCGCUGAGCGAGAGGAAAGAGGAGCGCGUGGAGCUGACCCGCUCGUGCGUCGUGUGGCGGGCGAAGGAAUUGGAAGGCGAGGGCAAGCGGGCGUUGGAUUGCCGUCCACGCGUCGGCCAUCCGGGGCGGGGCUCUCUAUAAAUACCUCUGCAUGCCUCCUUCAGUUAGCAUCCGGGCAAGAACUAGCGCGCGCUCUCGCUCUCUCUUUUCUCUCCCUCUCCCUCUCACCACCAGCAGACCAGCUCCGUGCGUGCGUGCGUACGUACGUGACCACCAUGAGCUCCUCCGGCGCCCGCGGUGUCCGUCGAGAGUACGGCCGGACCUAUGUGGUGAGGCCCAAGGGGAGGCACCUGGCCACCAUUGUGUGGCUCCACGGCAUAGGCGACAACGGAAACAGUUGGUCCCAGGUCCUGGGCAAUCUCCCGUUGGAUAAUGUCAAAUGGAUUUGCCCUACUGCGCCAACGCGGCCCGUAGCGGCCUUCGGUGGAUUCCCAUGUACUGCAUGUAAGCCUCUCAGCCUAAUUAAUUACAUAUGGGGGUUCGAUGUGGAGGAGACUUCUGUUGACGGCCCCGACGACGUCCAAGGGCUGGACGCAUCCGCCGCACACAUAGCAAACCUGCUAUCGUCCGAGCCCUCUGAUGUGAGGCUUGGGAUAGGCGGUUUCAGCAUGGGAGCUGCCACUGCGCUCCACUCUGCCGCAUGUUAUGGUCAUGGAAGGUUCUCAAAUGGGGUCGCUUACCCUAUCACCCUCAGCGCCAUCAUUGGGUUGAGCGGCUGGCUUCCCUGCUCCAGGACCCUGAGGACCAAGAUUGAGAGCUCACAGACUGCUUUCAGGAGGGCUGCUGCCUUGCCGAUAAUGCUUGGCCAUGGAAGAGGGGACGAGGUAGUCACGUAUAGGAACGGCGAGAGGUCGGCCGAGUUUCUGCGGAACUCGGGCUUUUCUUACCUUAAUUUCAAAGCCUACAACGGACUGGGCCAUCACACCAUCCCUGAGGAAAUGGACGAUGUCUCCAAGUGGCUCAGGGCAAGGCUCGGGCUUGAUCGCUCUUGCGGCUAAGUGGAGAAGCUUGUGCCUUGGUGGCUGACACAUGACAUGAGAGAAAAGUAUUGACACUAUAGAGGAGGAGAAGGUUGAUAUAUAUAUAGGUUAAUCAUAUGAAGAGAUCACGACCGGCAUGUGUUGAUAUAUAAGUCCUCACUACUGAAUUUCAUGUUACACUUAUAUGAUUGUACUAGUAAGAGUUGUACCCCAGUUAUAUUGUUUGUUUUGAUUGACCACACCAGUAAUUUAUGACGAUAGCUUUUAAUA